AUGGCAUCUCAAGGUCUAGGACUCGUUGCUCGAGCGGCCUCGCGAGGUCUCCGGACAUCUCGACUCGUGCGUUUCGGCUCCCCGAGCCUCACGGCAGCUCCGUCUUUCCCCCACCCUGUGGCCCGGUUCCCGUCCGCCGUUGUGACUCCUAGGCUCAUCUCCAACAGCCCCCAGCGCAAAGGCAUCACACCCGACGACAAGCCUCCCCAGCCGAAAGACGUGGACCUCCCCCCGGUCAUCAAGACGCCGGCUGUUAUAACCGACUCCGAGUACCAUUCCGUUGCAGACGAGUACCUGGAGAGGCUUGUCUCGCAUCUGGAGGAUAUCCAGGACACGAGAGAGGAUGUUGAUGUUGAGUAUUCCGCUGGCGUCUUGACCCUCCGCUUCGGGGGAGACAUUGGCACCUACGUCAUCAACAAGCAACCGCCCAACAAGCAGAUCUGGCUGUCGUCCCCCAAGUCGGGUCCGAAGCGCUACGACUACGUCGUUAUGGGCGACGGCCAGCACGAGAAGCAGGACACGGCUUGUGGCGAGUGGCUGUACCUGCGCGACAACUCGACCAUAAACCAGCUCUUCCGUGACGAGCUCGGGAUUGAUCUCAGCAUGCCAGUCGGCGACUACGGAGAGUAG